AUGCAUGCCAGCGAGCAAAUGGUCGGCUACCACACACAUCAGCUGAACAGCAAGAAGCGGUCACCGAAAAGAUACAGCACUGAAAGUGUCGUCGUUACUUCAACUUGCUCAUGUAUGCGGAACUUACCAGAGAUCGAGGAGGAAGAAUCCGAUGUUAGAGUGGAAGAGAUUUUGCAGGAAGAUCCAUUGAUCGAGCUAUUGGAGACCUUCUCUGGCAAGGAGGGUGUUGUAGAUAUCACAAAAGCGACAUGGUACGCGGUAGCGGUGUGUGAAGUUCCGGACUCUGCAUGUGCCUUGGCUGCUUCAUCUGCCGGUCAUGAGGUAGUUCGACUUUAUCGAUUCGCUACGAUUGGACAUCCGUUGGAGACGCAGAAAGCGAUUCAGCGAAGAAUCAAGGAGGCAAUCGUGAAGACUUCUAUGCUGUAUGGAGCUUCUAAAGCUUUGCAAGCACUAUACCCGCUUUUUAAGGACUUGAAGGAAGAAGAAAUCGAUCAUUACGGGCCGAGAUGGGAUACGGUCAAGGACGAUUUCGACGGAGCUCUCCUUCGACCCAAAGAGAGACAACGGGCUGGAGCAGAGUUCUUUGGCACACUCUGGGGUCCUGAUGCAGCGAGACAAAAUCUGGAGUUUACUUUCAAUUACUGCCCGGAUUUGUAUGUGCAGAACAUCAUCACUUUGGAAUGGUUCGUCUCGGAGGAUGGCAUCUUUCGACCGCAUGAGACGUGUAUGUGUACUACUGCAGCUAUAAUCUGCUCGAACAGCCCAGUGCAGGCUAUGUGGAAUACGAGAGGGAUUGUUCGCCAAGGAGGGACGUUGUAUCAGGCGAAAUUUACUCAGCAGUUGGCGUUGGGUAUUGCAGGAUUGUAUGGGGCCAUGACAGGGAAGAUUUUGCCUGUUGAGGAGAUUGAUUUCGAUGACAACCGUAGAUUCCGGAGCUGCUGGCUACAUGUACCACAACACAGCACGUUGAACAUUGAUCCAUUCUACUUAACCAGAACAUUCCAAUGUCAUACAGUUGUACUGAGCAAUCAUACAACACUCAAAAGUGUGAUAUCGGAAAGUGACACGAUACACGAGAAUCAUGGAAAUUGCAAGAGUGUCAAGAAAAUCAAUUUUCGCAAAGCUACAUUAUGA